UUGGCGGUAGUGACGGGUCCGGCCGUGAGGCGUAUGGGUUCGCUUCGAAACCGAGUUCGAACGGGACCGAGAGCGAAAAUAAAGCGGGUUCUGGGGAGCAUGUCGGGGCGCGGAGAGGGGCCACCGCCCCGGGGGGGCCCGCUGUGGGGCCUCCUUUGUGUCGCGGUCCUCCUUCUCCUGUCAGUGUGCGAGGCGAAGGCGGCGGCGGCGGCGGAAGCGGCGGACGCCGUCGUCGAGACCUACGACAGGUACUACCACUACGAGGAGCUGAGCGCGCGGCUGCACUUCCUGGCCCGCAAGUACCCGCACGUCGCGAACCUGUCUAGCGUGGGCCGCUCGGUCGAGGGCCGGGAGCUCUGGGUCAUGAGGAUCACGGAGAACCCCGGCGCCGCCGCCGAGCUGCCCGGGAAGCCCAAGUUCAAGUACGUGGGCAACAUGCACGGCGACGAGACCGUCUCGCGCCAGGUGCUCGUGUACCUGGCGGAGCACCUGCUGGACAGGUACGGCGAGGACGCGCGCGUCACGCGCCUCGUGCGCACCACCGACAUCUACAUCAUGCCCAGCAUGAACCCGGACGGGUUCGAGCGCUCCGCGGAGGGGGACUGCGCGGGCAGGGCGGGCGGCCGCGAGAACGCGCGCAACCGCGACCUGAACCGCAGCUUCCCGGACCAGUUCGACGCCAUCGACGUGCCGCUGGAGGACAUCCCCGAGGUGGAGGCCGUCAUGCGAUGGAUCCUGGAGAAGAGGUUUGUUCUCUCUGGGAACCUGCAUGGUGGCACGGUGGUGGCCAGCUACCCGUUCGAUGACUCGGCCGGCCACGCCCCACAGGGCCAAUACAGCCGCGCCGCGGACGAUGACCUCUUUGUGUACCUGGCGCGCACCUACGCCGAUCACAACCCCAUCAUGAGGACCGGCAAGCCGAAUUGCCCCGAGGACCCGUCGGAGACCUUCGAGCACGGCAUCACGAACGGGGCGCGCUGGUACGACGUGUCAGGAGGGAUGCAGGACUUCAACUACCUGAAAGGGAACUGUUUGGAGAUCACAAUGGAGCUGAGCUGCUGUAAAUACCCCAAGGCCUCCAAGCUGCGCUCCGAGUGGGACAACAACCGGGAGUCUCUGCUGGCCUAUAUGGAGAAGGUGCAUAUUGGCGUCAGGGGUUACGUAAAGGACGCCAAGAACGGGACUGCUCUCCCUGACGCGCUCAUCUCAGUUGAGGGAAUCAGCCACAACUUGACGACAGGGCAAUUUGGUGACUAUUACCGACUGCUGCUGCCGGGGACCUACAAUAUCACAGCCAGAGCUCAAGGGUAUGUGCCCGUGACGGUCCAAGGUAUGCAGGUUGUAGAGGGCAAGGCCAUCGAGCUCAACUUCACCCUGACGGUUCCAGGGGAGGAUGGCCUCAGCAAUAUCACCACCCCUACAAGCAAUGCCAGCCCCACCAAUUCCACUCCAACAACCUCUGCCAGCCCUAACACGACCACCGGUUUAGAAACAGGCCAGGCGCCUACAGCCACCGAAGGCCCCAACGUGACGGCGGAGCCGGAGCACGUGCCCAUCCAGCCACAGGACUUCCGGCACCACCACUACUCCGAUAUGGAGCUCUUCCUGCUUCGCUACAGCACCGACUACCCUGCCAUCGCCCGCCACUACUCCGUCGGCAAAUCGGUGGAGAACCGGGAGCUCUACGUUAUGGAGAUCUCCGACAACCCCGGUGUCCACGAGCAAGGUGAACCAGAGUUCAAGUACGUGGCCAACAUGCAUGGCAACGAGGUGGUCGGUCGCGAGCUGCUCCUGAACCUCAUCGAGUACCUGUGCAGGAACUACGGCACUGAUCCAGAGGUCACGCAGCUGGUCAACGACACACGCAUCCACAUCAUGCCUUCCAUGAAUCCCGACGGCUAUGAGAUGGCCCAGGAAGGUGAUGUGAAAGGCUAUGUGGGACGCAACAACAGCAACAACAUUGACCUGAAUCGCAACUUCCCAGACCGGUUUGGCUCCAUCGCUGAGCCCAGGCAGCCAGAGACCAUUGCUGUAAUGAACUGGAUUAAGAGCCAUCCAUUUGUGUUGUCGGCUAAUCUGCAUGGAGGUUCUUUGGUGGUGAACUACCCCUACGACAACAACGGUGGCUCUAACAGCACGUCUCCAGAUGACAGCGUUUUUAAAAUGGUAUCACUUGCCUACUCUCGGGCAAACCCUGUCAUGCACAAAGGCCACCCGUGCGAGGAGCUGUACCCGAACGAGUAUUUUAAGGAGGGCAUCACUAACGGGGCGCAGUGGUAUAGUGUGCCAGGGGGAAUGCAGGACUGGAACUAUGUCAACACCAACUGCUUCGAGGUGACCAUCGAGCUCGGCUGCGUCAAGUACCCUCCCGCAAAAGAGCUGCCCGUAUACUGGGAACAGAACCGCCGGUCCCUGCUGGAGUUCAUCCAUCAGGUCCAUCGUGGGGUGAAAGGCAUGGUCAUGGACAGCAAGGAUGGCACAGGCAUCCCCAAUGCCACCAUUUCCAUUAAAGAGGUUAAUCACACCGUUACCACCAGCAAGGAUGGGGAGUACUGGAGGCUGCUGGUGCCCAAGACGUACACGCUGACCGCCUCUGCUCGAGGGUACACUCCGGUCACGGUGUACGCCACAGUGCUGCCCGAAGGAGUCGAGAAGGUUGACUUUCGUCUGACGCGAGUGCGUCCCGCGGUGAUGGACCCGUUGGAGGAGGACUUCCACGCUUUCAUCAAGGGGCUGUCAUCGGAGCGUGGACUCGAUCAGCUGGUCCAGAGCAUCGCCACCACCAAGAGCAGCAGUUUACGCUACCGUCGCUACAAGGAGCUCUCAGAGUUCCUGCGUGGACUGACCCUCAACUUCCCCAACAUCACCCAUCUGCACAGUCUUGGCCAGAGCUGGGAGGUGCGGACCAUCUGGGCCUUGGAGAUCUCCAACAAGCCAGAGGAGUCGGAGCCGGACAAACCCAAGAUCCGCUUUGUUGGCGGCAUCCAUGGCAACGCCCCCGUGGGCACAGAGCUCCUUUUGGAGUUCGCCGCUACUCUGUGUCUCAACUAUGGAAAAAAUCCGGCAAUCACCAAGCUUAUUAACCGAACGCGGAUUAUCAUCCUGCCGUCCAUCAACCCCGACGGCCGUGAGCUGGCCCAGGAGAAGCAGUGCACUUCCACAGAGGGGCUCACAAAUGCCCACCACAAGGAUCUUGACACCGACUUCUUCGGGAAUGCAUCAAAACACUUUACGAAGCCACAGCCGGAGACCCAAGCAGUCAUGGGCCUCAUCCUGCAGAAGGGCUUCACGCUCUCCGUGGCUCUGGAUGGAGGAUCUGUACUCGUCACCUACCCCUACAACAAGCCGGUCCAACCAGUAGAGAAUGAAGACACUCUGAAGUAUUUGGCUUCAGUGUAUGCCAACAACCAUCCCAAGAUGCACCAGGGUCACGCAGGUUGUCCCAACAACCAAGUGAACUACCCUGGAGGGGUGUUGCGAGCAGCUGAAUGGCACAGUCACUUGGGCAGUAUGAAGGAUUUUAGCGUCGACUUCGGCCAUUGCCCCGAGAUCACAGUCUACACCAGCUGCUGUCUGUUCCCCGCUGCUGACCAGCUUCCAACGCUCUGGGCCGAGAACAGGAAGUCGCUCUUCAGCAUGCUGGUGGAGGUCCACAAGGGCAUUCGAGGCAUUGUAAAGGACAGGAGCGGCAAGCCUAUUAUAGGAGCCAUGAUUAUACUGAACCGAGGUGUGAAGGUCUUCACCGGAGAAGGGGGUUACUUCCACGCCCUGCUGGCACCUGGGUCACACAGCAUCGAGGCAUUAGCCGAGGGGUACCAGCAACAGCGGCAGGAGGUCUACAUGUCCUCUUAUGAAGCUGCAAGCUCCAUAAUCAUCGAAUUGGAGAUGGAUAACCAUCUCUUUGGCUUGCCUCGGGAGUUUGUGGUGGCCACUGCUGCAGCCUCAAUGACGGCGCUUAUCAUCACAGCCUGCAUCAUCUGGUGUGUCUGCGCAGCCAAGUCAGACCCGCAAAAGGACGGUUUUCACCGUCUGCGCCAGCACCGCGACGAUUACGAGGAGGAGAUCCGCCUCGCCUCCAUGGGGUCCAAGAAGUCCCUACUGGGCCAUGAGUUUCAGGACGAAAGUGAGAGUGAAGAAGAAACUCUUUAUGCCAACAAGCUCUGAGGCCCUGCUGCCCUCCCUGACCCCAGCUCCCCCUCCAACUACCUUGCCCUGCUUCGCCGCCCUGCUGGAGACAUUGAGGAAGGGCGUAGGGGAGCUGUGCCUUGCUCUGAGCCCCGCAACAGAUUGCAACCGCCACACACACACACACACACACAC